CUCCCUCUCGCCUCGGCUCUGUUCCCGGCUGAAUGAACGGCGUUCAUCAUUGUUACAAGCUCUCUGGAGAGAAGUGAAACAUGGCCGCUACGGCAGCGAAUCGUGUCAUCGUUUACGGAGGGCGAGGAGCUCUUGGCUCAGCUUGCGUUCAAUAUUUCAAAUCCAAAGGCUGGUGGGUUGCAAGUAUCGACAUCGGAGCAAAUGCAGAUGCGAACGCGAAUGUUCUGGUGAAGCUAUCCGAGUCUUUCACGGAGCAAGCCGGUCAGGUGACGGCAGACAUUGCCCAGUUACUGGGUGAUCUGAAGGUGGAAGCCAUCGUGUGCGUGGCAGGAGGAUGGGCAGGGGGAAACUGCAGCUCCACAGACCUGUAUAAGAACACUGACCUGAUGUGGAAACAGAGUGUGUGGACUUCCACCAUUUCCAGUCACCUGGCGGCUCUCCACCUGAAGCCUGGAGGCCUACUCACACUCACCGGGGCCAAAGCGUGUCUGGGGGGCACUCCAGGUAUGGUAGGGUAUGGCAUGGCCAAGGCCGCAGUGCAUCAGUUAUGUCAGAGCCUGGCUGAGCCCGACAGUGGACUCCCAUCAGGAGCAACAGCGUUGGCCAUCCUGCCUGUUACCUUGGAUACGCCGAUGAACAGGAAAUUCAUGCCUGAUGCUGACUUUGGGAGCUGGACGCCUCUGGAAUACGUUGCUGAAAUGUUCUUCAGCUGGGCCAGUGGUUCUGCUCGUCCGGCCUCAGGCAGCCUGAUGCAGCUGGUGACCACCGGAGGGAAGACGGAGGCCAGCCGUGCACAGUGAGAGGAUGGAGAGAGAGAGUGACGGAGCUGACGGAGGCCAGCCCUGCGCAGUGAGAGGAUGGAGAGACGGACAGAGAGAGACAGUGACAGAGCUGAAUAAGUGAAAAGAGGGAUGUUGGGUGGAUUUGCUUUGAGGAAGUGAUACAGGCAGAGAGAGGGAAACAGAAGCAGAGCAAGAAGGGUGGGAGGAGGGGAGAGACGAGACAUCAUGGCAUGAAGGUGUUGGGAUGGUCAGUGUUAUAUCAUAGCACCGUCUACAGGUACUUCCAUGGAACUACAUCCGAUAUUACUACUGAACACACCUGGAUUUGCGUGAUCUCAUCUAAGAGCAGGCACACCAGCUACCUACCGUGUCUGUGUUUAGUGCAGCAGUGUAAGUAGAUCUAGCAGUGUGCAGUGACCUGGGAGGCGCUGUGGAUGCAGACCUAUCGCCUUAUUCUGUGACCUCAGCAUGCAGAGAUUGCAUUAUGUAUCCCUCAGUCAUUUUCUUUCUCACCUUUCUAAGCAUCUGUCUAUUCCUCUCUCACCCUCUGUCUCUCUUUGACUCUCUCUCUUUCUUUCUUUCUCUCUCUCUCUUUCUUUCUCUCUCUUUGCCCCUCCUGCUUACCGUAUCUUUCCCUCUCCCUCGAAGUCUAAGAGAUGAGAAGCUGAAACACGCCGCUGUCUUAUUUUAAGCGUACAAUCCCUUCCUGAAAUGGUGGCCUUACUCUUUCUUAUGUCUGUGCUCUGUGUGUGUGUUUAGUACAGUAUAUGACCAGAUGUGGAAAUCUGUGUGUGUGUAUGUGUGUGUGUGCAUAUUGCUAUGUCGGUGAAUGUGUGUGUUUAUGUUUGUGUUACUGUGUAGUGCUAUUAAGAGUGUGUGUCAUAUGCUAUGUGUUACUCUUUGUCCUUUCACACACACUCUCAUAUUGUGUGUGUUUGUGCAUUUCCUUCUGUUCUGUCAUCCCAUUCAUUAAAAGCUCACGUCUGACCUCUCACCUCCAA